AUGAUGAAAGUGGUUUCGCCUGACUCAAUCACGGAGAAAGUGUUCCGACGAGUCUACAGCAAUUUCAGUUUCUCGACGGUCGAAGAUGAUUACAACCAUAGUCGCCUAAGAUCGAGAUCAGGUGAUUAUGGGAAGGAGAGUUUGAGGAAAAGAGGGUUUGAAGAAAAGGAAGAGAUUAUGGAGAUGCAGCAGAUGGGAGCUGAGAGGAUCAAAACUGUUCUUAUUCUGAUGAGUGAUACCGGCGGUGGCCACCGUGCCUCAGCCGAGGCCAUCCGUGACGCCUUCAAGAUCGAAUUUGGAGAUGAUUACCGGAUAAUAAUAAAAGACGUUUGGAAAGAAUACACAGGAUGGCCACUGAACGACAUGGAGAGACAGUACAAGUUCAUGGUGAAACAUGUUGGUCUUUGGUCAGUUGCGUUUCAUGGUACCUCUCCCAAAUGGAUCCACAGAAGUUAUCUCAGUGCUCUUGCGGCUUAUUAUGCCAAAGAAAUAGAGACUGGUUUAAUGGAGUAUAAACCGGACAUUAUCAUUAGCGUACAUCCUAUGAUGCAACAUAUCCCAUUGUGGGUAAUGAAAAGACAAGGACUUCAAAAGAAAGUCAUUUUCGUGACUGUUAUCACCGAUCUAAACACUUGCCACCGAACAUGGUUCCAUCAUGGAGUAAGCAGAUGUUAUUGUCCGUCCAAAGAAGUUGCAAAGAGAGCACUAAUAGACGGCCUUGGAGACUCUCAGAUUCGUGUCUUUGGCUUACCUGUCCGGCCAUCAUUCCCUCGCACUAUUAUCUACAAGGAUGAGCUAAGAAAAGAGCUUGAAAUAGAUUCAGAUUUACCUGCGGUUCUAUUAAUGGGAGGCGGUGAAGGAAUGGGUCCGGUUCAGAAAACGGCUCAAGCCCUCGGAGAGUCUUUAUAUAACUCUAAAGAAAAAAGUCCAAUAGGACAAUUAAUUAUCAUAUGUGGCCGGAACAAAACCCUUGCGUCUUCGUUAGCAUCUCAUGAAUGGAAGAUACCGAUCAAGGUUCGUGGGUUUGAGACACAAAUGGAGAAAUGGAUGGGUGCUUGUGAUUGCAUCAUCACAAAGGCCGGUCCAGGUACGAUUGCAGAAGCAUUGAUUUGCGGCCUUCCAAUUAUCCUCAAUGACUACAUUCCUGGGCAGGAAAAAGGAAAUGUGCCAUAUGUUGUGGAGAAUGGGGCUGGAAUUUUCACAAGAAGUCCCAAAGAAACUGCAAAAAUUGUGGCUGAUUGGUUCAGCAGCAAUAAAGAAGAAUUACAGAAAAUGUCGGAGAAUGCUCUUAAGUUGGCGCAGCCUGAGGCAGUGUUCGACAUUGUUAAGGAUAUUCAUCAUCUCUCCCAGCAGCAGCAACAACGUAUUCAACUUUAUAAUGAAUUGUCCUACUGA